AUGUCAUUUUUAACUAGAAGUUUCAAUCAACUGAUGACCGGCAGGGUCAUCCCGAAUAAUACGCUAGUUGAUAGCAUUAAAAACAGCAUACUUGGCGGAAAUGCAAUUGGGAGUAGAACUGGACUUGCUUCUAUUCUUGGAUUGAACCUAGACCUAGGAUUACAAAGAAGAUGGAAAUCGAGAGGUAACACAUAUCAACCAAGUACUUUAAAGAGGAAGAGAAGAAUAGGCUUCUUAGCCAGAGCCAGAAGUAAACAAGGAAAUAAGAUAUUAGAGAGAAGAAAAGCUAAAGGUAGAUGGUACCUAACGCAUUAG